UGCUACCUCAGUAAAGUUUCUGCACAUCCUGUGGUCAGGACAUUCCCUUAAGAGUAAAGAACAGGCCUGUGUGUUGUUGCCACUGCCAUCGUUGUCAUGGUGGUUGCGCUGUGCUCUGUGGUUUUUAGAGCCAGCUAUCUCCCCUCCCUGCCACCACCCUGAAGUGGAUGUUCAAGGAGAACCACUCGCUAGAAAACAGAUACGUGCAGUUCCCGAAGAUCAGAGUAAAAUAUCCUGACCGGGUUCCGGUGAUUGUGGAAAAAAAGGUCUCAGGCUCUCAGAUUGUUGACAUUGACAAAUGGAAGAACUUGGUUCCAUCUGACAGCCAUUCAGUUCCAUCUGUGGCUCAGUUCAUGUGGAUCAUCACAAAAAGGAUCCAUCUUCCUUCUGAAAAGGCAUCUUCUGUUUCGAAACUCCAUUUUAACAAACAAACAAAAACCAAAAAACAGUCCAGCCUAACUAUAAGAGAGCUUUACUAGAAGGAAAAAGAUACAGAUGGAAUCUUGUAUGUGGCCUCCAGUGGGGAGAACACUUUUGGUUUCUGAGGACCACUGCUGGGCUAGGUGCACCCUUACUGCUUGUGCAUCUUAUAAAUGUCCUAGCACCAUGGUAAGUCAAGGCAGGAGGACGGCUUGAACUCAGGGGUUCAGAACCAGCCUGGGCAA